UAGCCUCGUUUCUCUUAUAUUUUUCAUUUUUUAUUAGUCAUUUCAAUUUCAUGCUACCGUAGACGUCUCCAACAGCAAAACCAAGGAAUGUAGCAAUGGCUGAUUAUUGGAAGUCUAAUCCAAGAAAGUUUUGUGACUUUUGCCAGUGUUGGUUUGCAGACAACAAAUCAAGUAAAGAGUUUCACGAGAGGGGUAAGCGGCACAAGGAGAAUGUGGAGAAGAAGAUUGCAGAGCUGCGUAAGAAAGGGCAGAAGCAGUAUGAAACCCAGCAACAGCUCAGCGGCUUCAUGAAACAGAUAGAGGAGGAUGCUAUGAAAGCUUUCAAGAAAGAUGUGGCAUCUAAUCCUGACUUGAUACCAGAGUAUAAGGUUGCUCUGGUAGAAAACAGAGUACGAGAACAGCAAGAGCAGGAGGAAUUGACAGCUCAACAGGGGAGCAGAUACCAGCCAGGAGGGACGUCAAGUACCCAGGGGAACACGCCUUCAUCAUCGACCACACCCAGCAUCGAAUCACAGGAAUGGAUGGAAGCGGUCAGUCCAGAGGGUCACACCUACUACUGGAACACCAAGACAGGAGUGACCCAGUGGGAUAAACCAGCCAACUUCAUAUCAGCACCCUCCACUUCAUCACAAGAUAAACUUUCUUCCAAACAAAAGGUCAAAGAAGAGUCAGAAUCAGAUGAGGAUGAAGAAAAAGAUCAAAAGAAGAAAGAGGGGAAUGAAGAGAGUAUAACAAGAGGAACAAAAAGAAAGAGCGAUGCGUAUGGUGGCUGGACAUCUGUUUCAACUGAACCUGAAGAAGAGCCAGAUCUUCAACUCCCUGAAGCGAACCCUCUGUACAUGAGCUCCUACGUACCCCAGGCUGCCCAGUAUGAACCCAGAGAGAAGCUAGACAUCAAGGAGAAGGUGGUCGGCAGCAUCAAGGCAAGCUCAAGGGAAGGAUCAGGGGGUGUGUCGUUUAAGAAGAGGAAAGGCGGUCAAAGACAAAUCCGGUCGAGGGAUACAUCCUCAUGACGUAGAACUACAUUUCGUGGACUCCAGGAUGCAAAGGAUCAAGGUGGUGUUGUUUGAGAAGAAGAAAGGGGGUCAAAGAAGAAUCCGUUCUAAGAAUUCUUCAUCACGAUGUAGAACUACAAGUAUAUUUUUGGAGACGCAAAGGAUCAGAAGGUUGUGUCAUUUAGGAAGAGGAAAGGAGGUCAAAGACAAAUCCGGUCAAGGGAUACGUCCCCAUGACGUAGAACUACAUUUCUGGACUCCCAAGAUGCAAAGGACCAAGCGGGUCAAAGAUAAAUCCUGUCAAGGGAUACGUUCUCUUGACGUAGAACUACAUUUCUGGACUCAAAGGAUCAAGUAAAUCAACCUAAUUUCAUAUAAUGCAAAGGAUCAAAUGGGGUGUCGUUUUAGAAGAAGAGAAGGGGUCAAAGACGAAUCCGUUCUAAGGAUUCUUCAUCAAGAUAUAGAAUUAUAGUUUCGGAGAUGCAUAGGAUCAGAGGGGUGUGUCAUUUAGGAAGAGGAAAAGACAUAGUCGCUCUAGGGAUUUGUAAUCAUGAUGUAGAACUAUAUUUCUCGAGACGCUAUUAAAUGAUUUGAGGGGUUGUGUCGUUUAGGAUGAGGAAAAAACCAAUCCGCUCUAGGGAUUUGUCAUCGUCAUGUAGAACUGCACUUGUGGAUUCAGAGACAAUGAUAGAAGGGUUUUGUAGAUUGCAGAAUAAUGCAUGAUUUCCUGAUGGGAGAGGCAUAUUUGCAUAGCUUCAGAAGGCAUGCCGUCCUAAAUUGUUCGUACUCUGGCUUCCACAUAUACUCUGGCUAUGUGAAUGAACAAAGUGAUCCCUAUACUCAAGGCACGGGGAAUGAGAAAUGUGAUACAGUACUUCAAUUGCGCUCUCACUGGUAAGACUCAGUAGGAUGAAUCUUAUGACAACAGGAAGGCAAAAAAUGUGCAUUCGACCAAACCCAUUCCCAGGAUUAUUAAUUUGAUAUAGCUGGUUGACAAAAGUGUGUGCAUAUGAAACACUGAUUUUUGUAAAGCAAAUCACUGAACAUCCUUUUCGUCAAUGGGGAAGAAAUAUCACUUUCCUUUUGAAAAUAUUAUAGCUGUGGAAGAAUUGGAGUUAUUUUUUGUUUCAUAAGAUGAAUGAGAUGCGUCACAUGAUGUUUUCAUACAUGUUGAUUUACUUUCAAAUGAGCUGGUCAACAUACUCUUGAUGGUCAGAUAUGAAAUGUUAGAUAAACGUCCUAUCUACCAAGGCCCUGGGAAUAAUUUUGUUUAUUUUCUUACUGGGGGUGCUGAUGAAGGGUCCUGAGAAAGUUGAAAAGCAAACAAAAAAAUGGUUUCACUACAAAAUGAACCUCAUUUUGGUUGCAUUUUUCCAUUUUUACACCCUAUGGAGGCGGGUUAUGUGCAAACGCCGGGAUAUGUGCAAACAGCGGUAUAUAUGCAAAAUUUCGCCGGGAUUUGUGCAAACACCACGCUGGGAAAUGUGCAAAUCUGUCAAAAUUUAUCAAGGGCACAUAUGCAAAUGUGACCACGGGAUAUGUGCAAGUGAACAAUUUUCACAGGAAAUGUGCAAACACCUCUGGGAUAUGUGCAAAUUUUUUUGUUUUUAUCAAUAUUAAGGCUAUUUCUGCCUGAACAGGAGAGUAGGUUCAAGACCAUUGGCAAUUAAACAUCUUUCAAAGAGGCCAGGGUGGAAAGGGAGGGGGGGCACCAGGCUUAAAGGGACAUUCAGUACUGUUUCGAACACUGCAUGGGGCACUUUUAAAGCGAAAGGGGGAAUGGGCCCAAGAGUGUUUUUGUCAGUCUGGCAGGGGAAUGUUAUACUCACAAUAUGAUACUUUAGUGACACACAGCUGUAAAAAAAAAACACCCACUCUCUAUCCACAAAUGUAAUACCGCUCUUUUCCAAAGAUACAAUGAAGCGAAUGCAACACUCACAAGGUAAUAAAUUAGAAGAUACAUUUAAUGUGUCUCUCUACCCAAAAAUUAUUUUUAGACAUGUGAAAAGAGAUGGGUGCAAUUCAGUGUUCCAUUUCACCAUUAUUCGGAAAAAUGGGUCAAUAAGUAAAGAAAUAGUACAAGAUUUAAUGUUCAAAUGGUACUAAACCAAGAGGUCUGAAAGAAGAAACUAUGUUUUUUUUUGUUCUCUGGGAACCUGCAAGGGAUUAAGGAACCAGCAAAGGAUUAAGAAACCAGAAAAGAUUAAGCAGCAGGAGAACAAUUGCCAAGUUUUCUUUUGUCAGACCCUUGGAUUUAUUUUAGUAAUAUUUUUAUAACUUUGAUUGUAAUUUUCUUUAUGUAUAUGCAACCUUUUUCGCAAAGUAUUGGCGGAAUAGAUUACUGAAAUAUAUCUUUUUCACUUAUCCAAAAAUAUAUUUGGCCAAAGUUGCACUUCAAAGCAUAUUAGGUGUAGAAUAUAGUCUUUACCCCAGACCCGUUUAUUUAAAAAAAACUCUUCAAAACUCUUGUAAUAAAUAAUAGAUAUAGAACAUAGUCUUUCCCUCGGACCCUGUUAUAUAAAAAUCUAAAAGAUCUUCAAUUUGUUUUUAUUUUAAUGAAUAAAACCAUUCAAUGAAACACGUUUUCUAUUUGUUUCCUUUUUUACUCCAAAAUACACGCUGGAUUGUGUACUAGCCUGGUUUACUUUCUUGACAAUUUCUUGAUAAUAUCAGCCAGGUGAAAAACCAGGAUGAAACACUUAUAACCGAUCUAAACCCAAUCCAAAGUCCACUCCGCUUUCCAGUACUUCUCAUCACUUUGUUAACACUCACACAACACUUUUCAUGUGACGCUAUUCCAAGAGCUUGUUGGAUGCUUGGGUUUAUAUAGACACGUAUUUCUCUGAGAGAUGAAUGCAAAUCUUCCUCUGAUGCUGCUUUGAAUCUUUUAUUCACAUAUAUCAGGAACUGCCUACUUGGAAUGUCGCAGCUCAUUGCAAAUUUUAGUACCAUGGUCAGAAUUUCGUUGGGUAGUCUAUCAAAUGGCGAUAUGUUUUUUUUUUCCUCCUCUUUAUCAUACAUCUCUUCACUGUUUUCACCGUCUGAGCCAUGGUUGAUUCCUUCGCUUAAGCCUUAAUCGUUGACUCCAUACAUCUCUUCACUGUUUUCACCGUCUGAGCCAUCGUUGAUUCCUUCGCUUAAGCCUCAAUCGUUGACUCCAUUGUAAGUUCCUCACGGUCCUCUUCAUCUAAGCCACUCCUUACUCCUUCGUCUAAGCCAUAAACGGAUCUGGAGAAUUGAGAAUACGUUAUAUACACGUUCUUUUUACAGAGUCUUAGUAUUGGAAGAUGGCGGGGCUUUAAUAGUUUUGAAUUUGUUUAAUCACCCGGUCUGGAGUAAAAGACUACACUUUAUACUCAUUUAUUCCACAGAAAUGAGACAUUUAUAUCAUUGAUAUAACAGGGUCUGGGGUGAAGGCAACAUUCUAUCCAUUUUUACAGGGUCUUUAUUUGGUAGAUGGUGAGGUGUUGCAAUUUUUAAUUAUUAUUUUUGAAAGACUAUGCUCUUUACUCUUUCUUUAGUACAGGAUCUCAGUAUAGAAGGAUCUUCAAAUUGUU